AUGGUGGUUUCCGACGUGGACGCCGGCGGCGAUAGCCGUCGCAGCAGCUAUGCGGCCGCGCGCCGCAGCAGCGGCACGCCGCUGUACCGCCAGAGCUCCAAUAUGAGCGACGUCAGUCUCCUGACCGACGUCCCGAUGGCGCAGGAUGAGAUCUUCUCCGGGCCCAUGUCCGAGAGUGUGCCCACGAGCGUCACCGGUUUUGCCCACCGCCAGCGCUCUCGCGCAGACUCGACCGUCAGCAUCACAAGCUUUACCUUCUACGACGAUGAAAGGGAUUCAGUUGAUACGCUCGAGGAGGAGGCUAUUGCGGAGGAAGAGGAACUGCUGGACGAUGUCAACGGGUACGCAGAGGAGGAUGACGACCUGGAAUCCGGCCACCAGCGCCGCCGCUCAAGCGGCCGCCGGAAGUCAUCGACAUACUCGGCGCGCUCCUCCUUGCGGUCGAGGGGAUCGGACAGUGCGCCGCUGCUGCGCCGCGGCUCGAGUUCGAGCACCCAGGCUUCCGGACAUUGGAGAGGUGGCAGAUCCACGCAGAAGAUUUACAUUGCUACUGAGGACUUGACCAUCGUCGUCGCUGGCUUCCGCACCUCCGUCGUCGGGUUCACCUUAUAUCUCCUUCUAUGCAUUCUAACCGCAGGUCUUGGAUACCUUGUCUUUCGGUGGCUGCCGGGCUGGCGGAUCAAGAUUGUUGGAAAGGCCGCGCCGCUGCAUGAGUGUGACUGGGUGGUUAUCGAGAACCAGUGGGGAGAGAUGGCUGUGCAGAAUAUCGGGAAACAGGUGUACGGACAAUCUUUGUCCUCGGUGUUUGGGAUUGUGGAGAAGGGCGGAUACCGCGAGUACGACGAGGAUGACGACCCAGUGAUCAAGGAGCUACGCACCCUGGACUACCGGUAUAUUCGAUUCUGCUAUCACCCUGUCAGAGACAAGUUCAUCCUGGGGAACACUUGGAAGGACCCUGCCUGGACCGACGUAAGGACUAUCCGUGAUGGCCUCGACAACGAGGAGAAAGGCCACCGGGAGCAAGUUUUCGGAAAGAACCUGAUCGAUAUCGAGGAAAAGUCAACGUCUCAGCUUUUGGUUGAUGAGGCAUUCCAUCCUUUCUACGUCUUUCAGAUUGCCAGUCUGAUUCUCUGGUCUCUUGAUGAGUAUUACUACUACGCCGCCUGUAUCUUUGUCAUCUCAGUUGUCAGUAUCACGACAACGUUGAUCGAGACGAAGGCAACAAUGCGCCGGCUCCGCGAGGUUUCGAGAUUUGAGUGCGACAUUCGAGUUCUCCGCAACGGCUUCUGGCGCUACGUCGAGUCCAGCGAGCUUGUUCCCGGAGACAUUUACGAAAUCACCGACCCAAAUCUCACUCAGUUCCCGUGUGAUAGCUUGCUCCUUUCUGGAGAUUGCAUUGUAAACGAGAGCAUGCUCACAGGAGAAUCUGUGCCCGUUUCCAAGGUUCCCACCACCAACGAAUCUCUGGAAUUCUUGAGUCUCAGUACUGCCUCAAUCCACCCGGAAGUAGCAAGACACUUUCUCUUCUGUGGUACCAAGAUCAUCAGGGCGCGGCGUCCCCAGGAUGAUAAAGACGACGAGGCUGCUGCUCUUGCGUUGGUUGUUCGCACUGGAUUCAAUACAACGAAGGGGGCGCUUGUCCGCUCAAUGCUCUUUCCCAAGCCAUCCGGAUUCAAAUUCUACCGAGACUCGUUCAAGUACAUUUCAGUCAUGGCCAUGAUUGCUGGAGUUGGUUUUAUCGUAUCGUUCGUCAACUUCGUGCGCCUAGGACUUGCCUGGCACCUCAUCGUCGUCCGAGCACUGGAUCUGAUUACUAUUGUGGUUCCUCCGGCGCUCCCCGCUACUUUGACUAUUGGUACCAAUUUCGCGCUGAACAGACUCAAGAAGAAGCAAAUCUAUUGCAUCAGCCCGCAAAGAGUCAAUGUAGGCGGCAAGCUUGAUGUGGUCUGCUUCGACAAAACUGGUACUCUGACAGAGGAGGGUCUCGACGUUUUGGGACUCAGAGUAGUUCAACAACCCGCUAAUAAUUUCAGCGAUAUUCUUACGGAUUGCGGAUCAGUCCUACCCCAUGCCGAGGAGAGGCUUUCCAACGUGGACUACAAGAACCACAGGUCACUCCUGUACACCAUGGCCACCUGUCACUCUCUUCGCAGCGUAGAUGGAGAACUUGUCGGAGAUCCCCUUGAUGUCAAGAUGUUCGAUUUUACCAGCUGGCAAUUUGAAGAAGGAGAGCAAAGCGGGGGUGGUGGUGACAACGAGGAGGAAAGCUUGAGCAUUUCUCCUUCGGUGGCAAGGCCUCCUCCUGGUCAAGAAUACAACCUCGACAACCCCAAUGACCCUAACCGGAAACCGAUCGAGCUUGGCAUCAUCAAGGCGUACGAGUUCGUUUCCCAACUGCGUAGAGCCAGCGUUGUGGUUAGGCAGUUUGGAGACCGCGGAGGUCACAUCUACGUCAAGGGUGCCCCUGAGUGCAUGAAGGACAUCUGCCGCCCGGACAGCUUUCCGCCGGAUUACGAGGAGCUUCUAAGCUACUACACCCAUAGAGGCUUCCGUGUCAUUGCGUGCGCUACAAAGACGAUUCCGAAGCUCAACUGGGUCAAAGUCCAGAAGAUGAAGCGUGAGGAAGCUGAGUCCGACCUUAACUUCGUUGGGUUCAUCAUCUUCGAGAACAAGCUCAAGCCAACGACGACCGGUAUCAUCAACGAGCUUGCUCAGGCUGGCAUCCGUAAAGUCAUGUGCACUGGUGACAAUAUUCUCACCGCCAUCAGUGUCGCCAGGGAGUGCAACCUCAUCGACAAGACAGCUCAUUGCUUUGUGCCGCACUUCGUCGAGGGGGAUGCUCGUACACCUCUUGCUCGCCUGUCUUGGGAAAGUAUCGACAACCCGGCAUUCAAACUGGACGAAAACACGCUCAAGCCACUCCCUCCUCCAGCUGAAGAAGACGCUUCUCUUCCUUACGACAUCUCAAACCUCCGUAACUAUUCGGUUGCCGUCAGUGGUGAUGUAUUCCGCUGGAUCAUUGACUACGCUUCUGAAAAGGUUCUCCGAGAAAUGCUCGUUUGCGGUCAAGUCUUCGCCCGUAUGUCUCCAGACGAGAAGCACGAACUGGUAGAGAAGCUCCAGAGUAUCGACUACUGCUGCGGAUUCUGCGGCGACGGCGCCAACGACUGCGGAGCCCUCAAGGCGGCCGACGUAGGCAUCUCGCUCUCGGAAGCCGAAGCGUCGGUGGCGGCGCCCUUCACCAGCCGCGUCUUCGACAUCUCGUGCGUGCCUGAGGUCAUCCGCGAGGGCCGCGCCGCGCUCGUCACCAGCUUCAGCUGCUUCAAGUACAUGUCGCUAUACAGCGCAAUCCAGUUCACGUCGGUGUCGUUCCUGUACGCGUCGGCGUCGAACCUGGGCGACUUCCAAUUCCUAUAUAUCGACCUGCUGCUGAUCCUACCCAUCGCCAUCUUCAUGGGGUGGACGGGGGCGUACCCGGUGCUGUCACGCAAGCGGCCGACGGCGUCGCUGGUGUCGCGCAAGGUGCUGACUCCGCUGCUGGGCCAGAUCGCGCUGUGCGUGCUGUUCCAGGCCGUGGCGUUCCAGGCGGUGCGGAGCCAGCCGUGGUUCGUGCCGCCCGUGCUCGAUCGCAACCACAGCAACAGCAAGAACAGCGAGAACACGGCCCUCUUCCUGCUCUCCUGCUACCAGUACAUCCUGUCGGCCAUCGUCCUCAGCAUCGGCAAGCCCUUCCGCCGCCCCAUGCUGUCCAACGCCCCCUUCGUCUUCGCCCUCUCCUUCGCCCUCGUCGUCUCCACCUACAUGCUGCUGUUCGUCGCCCCCGACCCGGCCAUGGACGAGGAGGCGCGCCAGCAGCAGGAAACGCGUGGCGGUUACACGGGCCAGGCGAAGUGGCUGUACGACCUCAUGGAGCUGACGCCGCUGAGCUGGGGCUUCAAGGCCUUCUUGCUCGUCCUUGGGUUCGGUGGCUUCGCCAUCGCGUGGUGCUGCGAGAAGUACGUGUUCUUGGGGUUGGCCAGGCUGAUUGGACGCGCUAGGGAGAGGCUGCAGCCCGGCAAGAAGAAGAAGAGGAAGGAGUAUAAGAUCAUUGCUGAAGGGAUGGCGUUGUGA